GAGAUGAGGAACACAAGGAAUGAGAGCAGUACAUCUGAGUUCAUCCUACUGGGGCUCCCCAUCUUGCCAGAGGACCAAGACUUGUAUUGUACCCUGUUCCUAGUGACAUACCUGACCACGGUGCUGGGGAACCUGCUCAUCAUCCUGCUCAUCAGGCUGGACUCUCACCUCCACACCCCCAUGUACUUCUUCCUCAGCCACUUGGCCUUCACAGACAUCUCUUUCUCAUCAGUCACAGCUCCUAAGAUGCUCAUGAAUAUGCUGACACACAGUCAAUCUAUCUCAUAUGCUGAGUGUAUUUCCCAGGUGUAUUUUUUCCUAUUUUUUGCAGAUCUUGACAGCUUUCUUCUCACCUCAAUGGCCUAUGACAGAUAUGUGGCCAUCUGCCACCCCCUCCAUUAUACCAGAAUCAUGAGUCAGAGUGUGUGUAUCUUACUGGUCUUUGCAUCUUGGUUCUUAUCCUUUGCUGGUGCCCUUGUGCACACAGUCCUUUUAGCUCGUCUCUCUUUCUUUACAGGUAACACUCUCCACCACUUCUUCUGUGAUCUCUCUGCUUUAAUUAAGCUGUCCAGCUCAGACACCUCCAUCAAUGAGCUGGUCAUCCUCAUUGUGGGAUCACUAGUCAUCACUGUGCCAUUCAUAUGCAUCCUGGUCUCUUAUGGCCGAAUUGGAGCCACUAUCCUGAGAACUCCAUCAAUCAAGGGAAUAUGCAAAGCCUUGUCCACAUGUGGCUCUCACCUUUCUGUGGUUUCCCUCUAUUAUGGUGCCAUCAUUGGACUAUAUUUUGUCCCCUCAUCUAACAACACUAAUGAUAAGGAUGUCAUUGUAUCUGUGCUGUACACUAUGGUCACACCCAUGCUGAAUCCCUUUAUUUACAGUCUGAGGAAUAGGGAUAUGAAAGGAGCUUUGAGGAAUAUGCUUGCAAAAGCAACUUUUUCUACGUGA